CAGCCAGGGGCGCAACAACAUCGAGUGAGUCCUCUGAUGCGUUUCUUCUCUCGGUCAGCACGCACCCUUUCGAGGCAGGCGAGCUCGCGGGGCCUCCAAUGGCGGCAGCUCAACGUGAACCAGACGGCGCGUAACCCACACGAGAGAGAGAGAGAGAGAGAGAGAGAGAGAGAGUUGAUGAUGGCGAUAUUCCAGGAAAUUAAAUAAGAAAAAAAAAUGAUAUUUUGGAAAAUAUUUCGGCAACCUUACGAAGAAUCAAGCACAAGAGGAAGAAGCGCGCGACUCGUGAUUUCCCUCUCUAGUCUCCGCUCUUCUUCUUCUUCCUCCUCCUCUCUGCUGCUCCCAAGACCUUCCGCCAUUAGCCCGUAACGCCAUAAACCCAGAACAAGAAACCUCUCUUAAAAGGACCCGUAUGGGAUACUUUUCUUGUUCAUGAAAAAAUCUGGCCUUUUUCCCAUUUUUUUAUUGCAAUUCCAUUGCCGCGAAAUCCUUCAUAUCUCCGAGUGGUAAAAGCGACAUGCAGGUGUAGAGCAAGCAAGGCCCGAUUCUCGAGAGGCCCCCCUUUUCGUUUGGUUCCUCUGCUCCGUCGGUGUCUGUCAGUGUUCUGUUCUUCUGUCGAGCGGAGAACAGGGGAGGGGACCAGGGAAGGCCGAGGUGGGCGAGGAAGAGAUAACAUGAAGAACGAGGAGCAGCCCAGGACCUUGUUUGGGAUUUCGCUGUCUGAUCGCCCCCGCUGGCAGCAGUUCCUCAUCUGCUCCUCCGGGUUCUUCUUCGGCUACCUGGUCAAUGGCGUCUGUGAGGAGUACGUCUAUAAUCGGCUUCAAUUCAGCUAUGGGUGGUAUUUCACUUUUGUACAAGGAUUUGUGUACCUGUUGCUCAUCUACUUACAGGGUUUCACCACGAAGCAAAUGGUGAACCCGUGGAAAACCUAUGUGAAACUUUCUGCAGUUCUUAUGGGUUCUAGUGGAUUAACAAAGGGUUCUUUGGCUUUCCUCAAUUACCCUGCUCAAAUCAUGUUUAAAUCCACAAAGGUUUUGCCAGUCAUGGUGAUGGGGGCUUUCAUCCCUGGGCUGAGAAGGAAGUACCCAGCUCAAGAAUACAUCUCUGCCCUGCUCCUAGUGGCUGGUCUGAUCCUCUUCACCUUGGCAGAUGCUCAGUCCUCUCCAAACUUCAGCUUGAUUGGUGUUCUUAUGAUUACUGCUGCUUUGGUCUUCGACUCAUUUCUCGGGAAUCUGCAAGAAGCUAUCUUUACCGUGAAUACCGAGACCACACAGAUGGAGAUGCUGUUCUGCUCCACCUUAGUAGGUUUGCCUUUUCUGAUUCCUCCGAUGUUACUGACAGGAGAGCUGUUCAAGGCCUGGAGUUCUUGUUCUCAGCAUCCAUAUGUUUACGGGGUAUUAGUUUUUGAGGCAAUGGCCACUUUCAUCGGGCAGAUCUCAGUUUUAUCCCUCAUCGCCCUCUUCGGAGCUGCAACCACUGCAAUGGUGACGACUGCUAGAAAAGCCGUGACCCUGCUGCUGUCUUACGUGAUAUUCACAAAACCGCUGACCGAGCAACACGCGACAGGGCUUCUGCUUAUUGGAAUGGGAAUCGUGCUGAAGAUGGUACCCGAGAACAAGCCGCCUCCAUCAAGGAGAAGCGCGGCAGUAUCCAAUGAUGGAGGUCAGAAGCCGGAGAGAUCGUCGCGUAGAGGAGGAGAGACCGAAAUUUCCGGAAAAGGUGAAGCUGGGGAAGAAGAAACAAGGCCCCUAGUAUAGAAUUCCAUGCUCAAGCAAGGCUCUCUGUUUUUCCUUCUUUUUUUCUAUGAAUUAUUUUUAUUAAUUUCUCUAUUCUCCGUUGUCUUGUCCGUUUGAUGCUGUGAAGCUGUCUGGUGGGGGGAAGGGAAGGAGAAGAUUUGAUUAGUGCAGAGACGAUUGUAUAGAAAUGUUUGCUAAAGGGAGUCUCAGCUCAGCAAAGCAAAGUCAAAUUCUUUUGUUAAUCAAUAAAAAUGCCUUUUUCUUUUCCGGAACUAA